AUGUCUGAAUACACCCAAAACUCUGAUGAAGAAGUGUGUCCUGAGGACAUCGAUGAAGAUGAAAUCCUGGCAAACCUGUCCCCCGAGGAGCUAAAGGAGCUGCAGUCCGAGAUGGAAGUCAUGGCUCCGGACCCUGAAGUCCCAACUGGGAUGAUACAGAGGGAUCAGACGGAGAAACCCCCCACAGGGAGCUUCGACCACAGGUCCCUGGUUGACUACCUGUACUGGCAGAAGGCAUCCAGACGCAUGCUCGAGGACGAGAGAGUUCCCGUCACCCUCUUGCCCUCUGAGGUAACAAGCAAAAAAUCACAGAUAUUUAUUAUGCAGAGAAAAGAAAGACAUUACCAAAACGAGCACCUGUCCAACUCAGGAACACAGUUUGGGGAGACAAAGAAUGAUAGAAGCGAGAAUGAAAGAGAGGGGGAGGAGAAGGAGGAAGAAGAAUCAGAGGAGGAAGAUGAUGAAGAGGAGGAAAAUGAUGAAGAGGAAGCUGUGGCUGAACUGGAAACACAGGAGACUUACACCAAUGAGAAUCAUCGCAAUGAUCAGGCAAGUCAGAAUCCAGGUAUGGAAUCGGGAGAAAUCACAGAAAAACCAAAUGAAAAUGAAAAGAAAAUAUCAAAGCUAAACAUCCCCAAAAAGUUAGCACUGGAUACCAGCUUCAUGAAGCUAAGUGCCAGGCCCUCAGGAAAUCAAACUAAUUUAGAUGAGAGUUUGGAUAAGGUCCGAAAAAACAACCCAGAUGUGAAAGAGAUCAAUCUGAACAACAUAGAAAACGUCCCCAAAGAAAUGCUGAUAGACUUUGUCAAUGCCAUGAAAAAGAACAAGAACGUAAAAACCUUCAGCUUGGCCAACGUGGGGGCCGAUGACACCGUGGCUUUCGCGCUGGCCAACAUGCUGCGGGAGAACAGGAGCAUCACCACGCUGAACAUCGACUCCAACUUCAUCUCCGGCAAAGGGGUGGUUGCUAUCAUGAGGUGCCUGCAGUACAACGAGACGCUGACGGAGCUCCGCUUCCACAACCAGCGGAGCAUGCUGGGCCACCAGGCAGAGAUGGAGAUCGCCAGGCUGCUGAAAGCCAACGACACCCUCCUGAAAAUGGGGUACCACUUCGAACUGCCAGGGCCCAGGAUGGUGGUGACCAAUCUGCUCAGCAGAAACCUGGACAAGCAGAGGCAAAAGAGGCAAGAGGAGCAGAGGCAGCAGCAGAUGAAAGAGCAGAGAGAGUUGAUAACGAUGCUGGAAAAUGGACUUGGGUUGCCGCCGGGGAUGUGGGAAAUGCUGGGAGGACCGCUGCCCCAGCCGAGGAUGCACGAACCCCCACAAGCCCCCAAACCACCCGUCCCCAAGGCUGUGUCUCUGAGCAAAAGGCAGGAGAACACGAGGCAGCUGGCCCCUGAGCAGCCGGGCAACGAGAAGCCCGUCAACUUCAGAGUGGUCAAGCUGAAGAAGACUCAGCGCAAACCCGCCGUGCCAGAAUACGUGGAACCCGCCGAGAAAACCAACCUCAAGGAUGUCAUCAAAACGCUUAAACCAAUUCCCAGGAGGAGGCCACCUCCCCUCGUCGAAAUAACCCCGAGAGAUCAACUACUGAAUGACAUUCGUCAGAGCAACGUCGCUUAUCUUAAACCGGUGCCAUUGCCAAAGCAGUUGGAGUGA